CGUCGAGCCGCUGAACCGGCUAGCGAAGAGCCUCAACGAUGGGAUCCGGGACCUGUUCGCCGGCCUCGUCCGCGAGAUGCAGGGCAUGGAGUACGCCAUUGGCAGCACCUACGAGCUCGUCUCCCGCAUCGUCCAAGACCCGCAGUCUGCAGGAUUGACGGAGUUGAAGAGCGCGUGCUCUGGACGUGGCGGCAGGUUCAACGCCGACGGAGGGUGCACCCCCAGCGCCGGCUACUGCAGCGACCGUGGCAAGUUCCUCUUCUGGGACUUCCUGCACCCUACCCAGGCCACCUCCAGGCUCGCCGGCCGAGCGUUCUACGACGGGCCGGCACGGUUCGUCGGCCCGAUCACCUUCAGGGAACUGGCCGAGACGUAG